ACAAACCAGAAGUGUGUUUUUUUUUGUUUUUUUUUUCAAAAAGGGAUGCUCAAUUAUGCCUAGAAAGCGCUGGCAUAACUUCCCCAUUUCCAAAGCAAAUAAACAAAUGAAAAGUAACCCACCCAAACAAAAUAACCCGUCCACAAGGAAGAGGCUGCAGGACAGUGUUUACAAAAUCCUCAUUAAGGAAGUUGUGAGAUAACGCACAUGCUCAUGCGCAUCACAGAGAGUUAAAAAGAAGGCACGCACGCACGCACACACAUACACACCCCAAGGAGACCAUAAGCACUGAGCAAUGCAGAGCCCACCAUAUCAUAGAUAAGGGACAGAAAGACAAGGCUGGGAAGAAAGAGCAGACCACAGAGAGACUGACUGAGGAGAGGACACAAGAGAGAUGAGUCGAACAGACAAAGACAAGCCUCGGCCACCCUGCCACCGGAAUCGCUGCCCUGCUGCAAAUAACUUCAAAAAGUGUGCAUGAAAAUAAAUGCUGUGAGAUCUGGAGGAGGGCACCAGGACACUACACGCCUGGAGAGGAGCUUACAUCGCUUGGGUCAACAGGAAUGCAGCCGCUUCCACAUAAACUGACCUACAGCUCACAAAACUUUUGGAUUUUAGCAAACAAAAAGUCAGUACUUCUUCUUGUUGCAUGAGCUCACCCAUCCACCACCCCAGAGGGCAUAAACUAGACUGCUGCGGAUUGUUUCUCCCAUGGCGAGCAUUUGGGGCUCUGAACUGGGAACCAUUUGCACCUCCAAGAUUGUGUUCUUGCUGAUUUGCCUCCUGCUGCUCCAGGUGCCUCUCCGUGGACAUAGCAGCCCUAUUUCGCCGACUCAUCAGAGGAUUCGUCCUGCUCCGGGUCUGGGGGACGGGCAUGGAGGAGUGGUGGACCCGUCCAUUUUGGAGCAGGAAAACAACGUUGACAUGCAAAACCUGCUGCAGAACCUGAAGACACAGUUUUUGCGCACUUUCAACCUGUCGGGUUUGGGCCCCCCGGCUUUGCCUCCAGGGAGUACACGAGAAGAACCACCUGAAUAUAUGAUGGAACUUUAUAACCGUUUUGCUAAUGACCAUAGUGCCAUGCCCACCGCCAACAUCAUCCGCAGCUUUAAGAACGAAGAUUCAAACCCAAGCAUCGUGGGUGUCGAGGGAGUGAGGCGCCACCCACUCCUUUUCAAUGUAUCAGUCCCCCAUCAUGAGCACGUUAUAGCGGCUGAACUUCGUCUCUACACUCUUGUCCAGACUGACCGUCACCUCUAUGCCGGUGUUGACCGAAAGGUCACCAUCUAUGAGGUGGAGUCGCAGGAUUGGACGGAGAACAUGACUGAUGUGAAGGCCACACGAGGAGAUGCGUUCGGACUGGUGCAGGAAAGGACAGAGCGGGUGGAGCUGGUGGAGCUAGCUUCCCGACAGGUUUAUGGGACAGAUAAUGGCUGGGAGGCCUUCGACCUAACUACUGCUGUUCAGCGUUGGCGCAAGUCUGAAAGUGGCACUACACACCGGUUGGAGGUGCACAUUUCCAGCAUAGCCAACAGUGAGAAUGAUAAAAGUGUGAUGAAUAGCAAAGAUGGGAGUGUGCCUGAAGGAGACAUGGAGAUUGAAAACAGUCCCGAGGAAAAACACAAGCCUUUAUUGAUUGUUUUCUCCGAUGACCAAAGCAGGGAUCAUCGAGAAGAUAAACGUGAACUGAAUGAGAUGAUAAACCAUGAGACUUCCAAUGUGGUCGAGCAGAGCGAUGACCAAUGGGGAGCUCUUGAAGGAGACGAGGAUGAGGAAGCUAUAGAUGAGGAAGACCUGAUACAGAUGCGCUCAAACCUGAUUUAUGACACUGCAUCUCGCAUUCGCAGGAACGCCAAAGGGAACCACUGCAAGAAACAGUCCCUGUAUGUGGAGUUCAAGGACAUUGGCUGGGACAGUUGGAUUCUGGCACCUCCCGGUUAUGAUGCCUUUGAGUGCACAGGUGUUUGUUCAUACCCACUGACAAAGCAUCUCACCCCUACAAAGCAUGCCAUUGUUCAGACACUGGUCAGCAUUAACAGUCCGCAGAGGGCAGCGCGAGCAUGCUGUGUGCCCACCAAACUGGACCCCAUCUCCCUGCUGUAUCUAGACGAAACAGGGGUGGUCACCUACAAGUACAAGUAUGAAGGCAUGGUGGUGGCUGAGUGUGGCUGCAGAUAGUCCACGGACUCAAAGAGUUGAACGCUGUCAGUCUUACCCCCAAUAGGAAAGACACAAAACUAUAUAUAAGCUCCAAUGAACUAAGCAGACAAAAGAAGGGAAAACAGUUGGAAUCCAUGAUGCUGCGUUCACACUGGGAUCGAGUGUUCAAGCGAGCGCUUCCAAUAAAAAAGUCUAUGUAAACACAUGCAUGUGUGGGUUUUAGGCUCCAGUGUUCAAAACUCUUGGGUUCACAUGUAGCCACGCAAGAUUUUGAGUGUGUCUUUGGGCUCUACAUACAAAAUGUGGGGUAAUUGAAAGUAUGCUGAAAGUUAACCCAGUUGAACUUUGACCUUUUCAAUACAUGGAGGUGUCAGCCAUUUGGAAAUCAAUCACAAAAGAGAAAUUAAUAACUGCAGUUUGUGCCUGGCCGAAAAUCUAUGACUCCAAGUCUUUCAUAUAUCAGAAUAGAGCUGUAAAAAAAAGACAGGAGCAAGAUUUGCGAGAUUUUCCCCGCUUCGACAUUUCGCACCAAGCCUCCUCCAGCUGUAAAAAUAGAUGCGCUUGUAUCGGGUAGCAACAGUCCAGUGUGAAUUCUGUAUGCUAAAAGCACAUUCUUCAGCAAGCCACACACACCUAGUGUGUAUUUAGCUUCAGAGUUAACCCAACCAAACAUCACUACAAAGCAGAGUCCCUGAUUGGUCAAAGUUCAACUUGUUUAGCUUUCAGCGCGCAUUCAAUGACAGCACCUUAUAUAUGUAAAGCCUGAGAACUGACUCAAAAACUAGUGUAGCGACGUGUGAAUGUGAGAGUUUUAAAUGUGGAAGCCCAAAACGCACAGAUACUUGCGUUUACAAAGACUUUUCAUUGGAAGUGUUCGCUUGAACGCCCAGUGUGAGCGUAGCAUUAUUCACGAUUGACAAAACUGUAUGCACUUCAAGUUGUGUAAUUUAGAAUGAAAAACUGAUGGAAGCAUUUAACUCUAAAAGGCAAAGAGCUUUCUGUGAAAAUGUUGAGGAUUAGUUGUAAUUUGGGGAAAAGUUGAGCUAAACAGCAUAUUUGAUAAAAAAAAAUGAUCUCAAGAUGAUGUCGUGCCAACAGGACAAGAAAGACAAGAUUUUCUGAAAAACAGAUUUGUCCAUUUGUGCAGCCUGAUGGGAACUGUGGAUCCUCCCCGUCUCUUUUCCCCUUCCUCUUCUCUUAUCUCUGGCCUGCCCGCUCAAUGCAAACACUAAUCAGCACUGCAUGUGCCUCAGUGCAGUGAAAUGACCUCCCUAAGGCAACCUGAAAAAGCCAUGAACUCUCCAGGCCCGGCUCCUGCAACCCCCUGAUACGUGAGCGCUGUGCAUGGGCCCUGGAGCACGGGUUAUCUGACUCAACCCUGUUUCCCACUUCACAUGCCUCUUCUCCACUCCCCUGAGUUACAGAGAUAGAGAGGUGUUGGGGGUUGAGAAACAUGUAUGCCACCAUUCAUGCUUGGAGGACUUGAAGUCAUUCAGGACACGUUUUGAUGUGGCUGGAUGGGGGUGUGGGGAGAGGAGACAGGAGUUGUCCACAUUCUUGGGCAAGUGUUUCAGUUGGCUGACCUUGCACUUUCUGCCCCCACCGUUUCUUCAACAAAGUCAUCCAUCAAUGCUAUGGAAUAACAUUGGCUUUUUGGAACAUUUUUGUCUAUAGGGCUGAAAAAGGGCCGCAGAGUUGCCUUACAAAUACAUUGAGGAAAUAUUCUCCUUGGUUAUAAGCCUUUUGAUACCUCUGCUGCUUGUGUCAAAUAAAAGACUAUUUAUUGUU